AUGGACUCGACAGUUGAGACGGUGUGUCGAGCCAUCGACGCAUUUUACAGUUGUGGACCCGAUGUGCAACACGCGCAAACGUUUUUGCAGGCUUUUCAGGAGUCGGUACGCGUUGGCAACAUCUUUUUACUUAGAUCGACGCGGAAUCCCAGCGAGAUUGGAAAAUCCUCUGGGGCCAUGGUCUGAAAGUUACUCUCAUGGAUGUUAGAGGUUUGCGUUCGAGUGCCAUGGAUUCCUUGGAUCCCUAACUCGAAGGGGAACGUUUGUAAAGAAUAGUCUUUAACUACAAAGUUGAUCAGCAUGAAAUUUACGUCAACUUUUCAGUUGACCACUUCAUUCUACGUUUUUUCGUUCUUGAGAUACGCAGUUAGUUUUUAGGCCUCCUUCAGUAACAUGUAUCUCAAGAACGAAAAAUCGUAGAAUGAAAUGGUCAACUGAAAAGUUGAAGUAAAUUUCAUGCUGAUCAACUUUGUAGUUGAUGACUAUUCUCUACAAAAAUUCUCCUUUGAGUUAAGGGUCAAAGAAUCCAUGGCACUCGAACGCAAAAACAAUUCACGCGUUUUUGGCCUCUAACAGCCAUGGUCCUCAGAGCAUUUUCUGAUCUCGCUGAAAUUCCGCGUCGAUCCACGUAAAAAUAUAGACACUUGUGGGAAAAGCGGAGCAGAAUUUUUAUUUGCUCGUUUGCAGACGGAAUCGUGGACAAUUUGCGAUCAAAUAAUUCGCAUUCACUCGAAUUCGCUCGCCUGUUAUUUUGCAUCGCAGACGCUCCGAACAAAGGUGAAUUUCAGUGAAAAGAGUUUGAAACUUCUUCAAUCGUUCGUUUCAGAUUCUCAAAAAGUUUUGCCAGCUGCCUGCGGAUCAAUACGACCCUCUGCGCCAGUCGCUUCUCCACCAUUUAGAGUCAGUUUUGGCCGAUUUUCCUUGAAAAUACGCAUGUUUAGCUAAAAGUUGUGUUUUGCAGUCGACAUGGUGCAUCGGCGCACGACGAGCAAUCCGAAGCGACGGCGACGCAAUUGUGCCUGGCGAUCGCCGAUUUGUACAUACAAGUGCCCAGCUGGAAUAAUUGGAUCUACGAGCUGCUCAUUCAGUCAGUUUUUGCGCGGGAAAAUCGAAAGCGACAAGUCGGAAAUGUGCAAUUGUCCAGUGGAUCUUUCCUCUCUCUCUCUUUCUCUAUCUCUAUCUCUAUCUCUACGUUCUCAUUCUCAAACUUUUCAGAUGCCAAGCACUCGAAGGCGACCGAACGAUAAUGACACUGACACUGCUGCAAGUGUUUCCGGAAGAAGUCGAACAGAUUCGUGGCAUCGGAGAGAACCGGCGCGCGGCGAUUCGCAAGGAACUGGCCGAGUGCGAACGGCCCAUGAUCUCGUUCAUGUCGCACGUCCUCGAAAAGUUUCACAACAACCUGGAUGUGCUCAAAAAGGUACCACCCGAUGCCCACAAUUUCCGGUGGAAAAAAAAACCCUUCAAAAACAUUUCAGCUCCUCAAAUGUCUGGAAUCGAAUCUGCAAAACCACGAGAUGCAUACCCAGUGCUUAGCCGAAUCGCCCCUCCUCUCCUCGGUUUUCCUCAUCAUUUCCUCCAUUGACCCGUCAAUUCCGUCGUCGCUCCACGAACAGGCGACCAAUGUGAUCGUGGCGGCGCUUUUCCGCGCCGAAGACGUCGAAAAUCAUCGGAAAUUGGCGGAAGCCCUCCAUUUGGGCGUCAUUUCGCUCGUGGAACCGUUCCGGAAGGCUCAGGAGGCCGAGGACUUUGAUCGUCUUCAAAAUAUCGCGCGUAUAUUCGUCGAAACGCUCGAAUCGUUCUACGUUUUGAUUGUGAACGAGGCGGAUCCGAAUCCGGCAGCGCUCGGCAGCCUCACGUGUCUCGAAUUGCUUCUUCUGGUUGCCGGGCACCAUGAUUGGACGGUUAGUCUUCGAGAAAUUGGGCAAUUUUGGGCGCCGGACUUAACUAAACGACAGGCAUGAAAACACAAACAUUUAUUGUCGAGAAUGAAAAUUUGCAAGUGAAACGUGCCGGUUGGCACUAUUUUCUAGCGUGGUCCGUCGCCGGGGUACCUGAAAACGGACCUCUUGCACUCGUCGACCAAUAUCAAUUUUUGCUCCUCGGCGCCCACUCACCGGUUCUUCAAGGAUAGUAUGAGUGCUCAAGAGAUCCCAAGAUCAUUCGGUAUCCAUCGAUGGUUCCUAUGGUCCCAAUGGAUCUAAGAACUGUGGCCGGUGGGUCCGAAUGAGAAUUGGACGGUCCCUGAAAACCCAAUGGUCCUUUGGACUCUUCCAGCAGAUUCUGAGGGUCCAACUAGUGGGACCACCCUAAAAAAUAAAUGAGAAAUCUAAAGAAUAGGAAAAAAGUGAAAUUUUUUCUUGCAGUUGAUCGAGAUGACGUUCAGCGUGUGGUACCGCAUCACGGAGGAGCUGUUCAAGUACGACGACGACCAGUACAUUGCCCGCUUCCAGCCGUUCGCCGAGAAGUUCAUCGAGGCGCUCUACGAGCACUGCAAACUGGAACCGGACGACGUCGACGAAGUGCCCGACGAGAACUCGGAGUUUGGCGAAUUCCGAAUGAAGGCCGUCGAGGCGCUGCGCGACGUCGUCUUUAUUGUCAACUCGGACAAGUGCAUUCAGAUGAUGCACGACAAACUCAUUUCGUGUCUCCAUCGACCCGACGCCUCCUGGGAAGAAUCCGAGGCCGCUCUCUUUGUCAUGUCCGCUGUGGUCACGAAUUUGCUGCCGUGAGUUUCGCGCCCAAAAUGCCUACUUUCAAGUGAUUUUUGUGAAAUUUGAACAUCGAGCAUCAAAUUUGGCGUUAGACUCUCAAAUCCGCUCCAAAAACGAUAAUUUACAAUCUUUUUUUGCAGAGAAUCAGAGUCGCACGUGCCGGAAGUGCUCCAACUGAUCUGUUCCCUUCCGGUCCAGUCACCGCCGGCACUCAUUUCGACGAGUCUCACACUCAUUUCGGACCUCAACGAUUGGCUCGAGCUGCACACCAAUCUAUUGGGUAACACUCGCGAUUUUCAGCGAGAUCGAUAAUGUCCGACACUUGCAGAGCCCGUCAUCCACUGGAUGUUCCAAUUCGCCACCGACACCCGAUAUGCGAGUCACGUCGCGCUCUGCUUUGACCGCGUAAUUUUUAGCCCAAACUUCUCGUAAACUCUCCGAAAUUUCAUUCAGAUUUCGGUGAAAUGCGCGGCGCAAAUGGUCACACUGCUUCCGCAAUUGAUGCAGUUGAUCGGAAUGCUCGAGCAGACGCACAAUAACGGAUCGCGGGUCGAGGAGGCAAUCUGCUCGCUGACCAGAGGUACUUUUGCGAGAAAACGCCCGCGCAAAAAAACGGGGAAAUUUGCAGCCGUCUCGAUGGUGAUCACGAAAUUGCCGGUCGCCGACGCGCAGAUUGCGAUGGAACGGCUUUGCGAGCCGAUUAUUGCGAGUCUCGAUCGGGUAGGUCAUCAUUUUUCUGAUUGAAAAUGGCUUAGAAUCCGAUUCGGAACAUUUUGGGCAAUGUUUUAUUACUCGGACGGAAAGGUCUUGUCGUGUGGAAUCUGAUAAUGUUUUCAAAAUCUUGUUCGGACAUUUGAAGACCCUAUCCAAUUCUGCCGACUCAUGAAAAGAAAAAGGUCCAGAAUGUAGAAAAUUUUUAUGAAAACCGUACUGCAAAGCGCAACAUUUUCUAGAAUCGAACAGAAUCGCUGAUUCCCUUCUCAAGUUGCAGGCAACGGAAGCGACAGAGGCGACGUUUGCGAACAGCAACAAUAAUAACAACAAUCAGCAGCAGCAGCAGCAGCAGCAGCCGUCCUCCUCGAACGGAGCGAACAAGGAGAACGAGGGAUCGGUGGGCGCGCGCGGAUUCCGGACGAACGGCGCGUGGGCGUCACUCGCGAACCGUCCGAUCCUCUGGAUAGACCGCACCUCGUUCGUGUUCAAAGACGUGUGGAGUGUGCCGCAAAAGACGACGCUUCCCCGCGAGAUCCCCUGGCUGUCGGUGGCCGAGAAAUUCGUCGCCGCUCUGUUGAGAACGACGCGGAAGUUCGAGGGAACGCCCCGCGUCAUCGAACACGCCAUCCGCGCGUGCCGUCUCAUUUUCAGAGCUCUCGGACCGCUGAGCUUGCCGCUUGUCGAACCGGUUGUCGCCAUGGUAGGUGCUGGUGGUAGUAUCGGGGCAAUUUCGAAGUGAAUGCGCUCUGUUGCAAAUUGUGAUGACCAGCCCGGUGCCAAUUUAUGAAUGCAUUGUUUGAACUAUUGAAAACGCUCGUUUCCAGAUGAUCGAAACGUACCCGAAACACCGUCACUCGUCGUACCUCUACCUGGCGUCGGUGAUAGUGGACGAGUACGGACAAAUGGAGAAAAUGCGGCCGGGACUCAUUCAGAUGCUCGAUGUUAGUUUCAAAGCGGACUCUAAUUUUGAACGUUUUGAGCCUAACGCGGACUAUCCGAUAUGCAGAUGAAUUUGAUUUAAAAAUGUCGAACUUUUCUAGAGUAGUGCUACCUAGAUUUCUUUAGACGGAAAUAGCGAAAAUUCAGGAGUGACGGCUCCAAUUCAUGAUACUCUCUGCAGACGCUCUCCCGGACGACGUUCGAGAUCCUCAGUGCGGGGGCGGUGCACCACCCGGACACGAUCGACGACCUGUUCCGGCUGGCGCAACGGUUCACGAUGCGCGCGACGACCGUCUUCUUCACUCACCCCAUCUCUUCGUCGCUGUUCGCGUGCGCCGUCAACAGCAUGCUCGUCGACCAUCCGGAUGCGAGCCGAAGCAUUUCCAAGUUCAUUUUGGAGGUUGUCGAUCAGUUGGCCACCGCCAAAAAGGUGGGAAAAGGGCAAAAGAAAAACGUCACGUCUAAUUCAAAUUUCGUGCAGAUUGCGUACUCGGACGAAGGAGUCGUGUCGGCGAACCAGUUGCUCACAUUGCAGGGCCAAAACAUCGUGAGCAACUCGCUGCGAAUGUGUCUUUUCAGUGUUUCCGGACAAGUGCGCCGCGAAAUGGCCGACGUGCUUCUGCAAGUCGGCAAGUACGAAACGACGGUACGCAUUUAUUUACGCAUUGAACGCUUUUUUCCGUACUUUUUUUACAAGAAGUUCAAAGUGGGGGAUUUGUGUUCUCAGAGUCCCGAAUUUUCCAAAAAAAAGCUAAGGAGACGACGAGAGGUACACGGCGGCCGCCAAUUUUGAAGAAAGCUAGAGAUUUUCGAUUUCGUUCCGGAAUGCUCGACGCCAAGACGCAAAAAUGUCGAAACUUGCCGUUUCCGUGGAAAGGAACGCUUUGAAGGCAGCCAAAACCUUUUUCAACACAUGCAUGCCCCACUUUGACCUUCAAUUUAAAAAUAUGCUACUUUUUUAGUGCACGACAUCUUUAAUUGAGUUGUUUGACAUUUUACCUUUGCAGCACUACAAGCAAUGGCUCCAAACGGCCGUGUUCGGAUUGCCCAACGAUCCGCAAAAAGCGACGCCCGAACAAUUGCAGCAGUUUGUGGACGCCGUCUGCAGAGAGUUUGUCUUUUUGAGCAUUCGUUUUCCCCUUAAAAAUGUGCAUUUUUGCAGACGCGAACGGCACAACGUAUUCAACCACACGCGGGACCUGUCGCAGCUCUUCUCGUGA